CUGACGAUUCCCUUUUUUUCUAAAGGCGAUGGUUUUAUUUACAAAUCAUGUUUCUGUCGUGUAUUUAUUUUGCACGGACUUAAUUGUUAUUACACAUAAAUUGAGUUCCGUUUGAAGGGCACGGUAGGCGAUCUUAAUUAGAUUGUAUUAAGUAGAUUGUCGUCUAUCUCUAUAUAGGACACCCCUGUCACUACUGGGUUGUUUCUGGUCCUACUUCCUCGUUCAAAAGUUUUAUUUUGACGAACUCUUGGUGAAAAGUUGGACACUGGUUUCGAUAUCUCGACGUUGUUAUUGUCAAAUAUUAAGGGCGUAGGUCAUAUGUAUGGUACAGUUUUAAGUAGCGUGUAGCUAGCUAUCUCAGUUUGACCCAUGGCUGUGAUUGUUAGGCUAACGUUGCACUGAGCGGAUCCGUAAAGAAGAAGAUGUCCACGGCUAAUGUUAGCGAAGACAUCCGAGGGAAGUUCCCCCUCCAUUCCGCAGUGUGGGGGAAUGACUACCGGACGCUGGAAGAACAAGUAACGUUACCACAGAAUGAGAUUGAGGCUGUGGACCCCAGAGGUCGGACACCUCUGCACCUGGCUGUGUCGCUCGGGCACCUGGAGUCAGUGAGAGUCCUUCUGAGACACGGUGCUGAAGUGACUAAAGAAAACUGCAUGAACUGGACAGUGCUGCAGGAGGCAGUGAGCACCGGAGAUCCAGAGAUGGUUCAGUUAGUGCUUCAACGCAGAGACUACCUCAAAGCCUCCACUGCCCUGGGAGGAGUGCCUGAGCUGCUGUCAAAGAUCCGAGAGUCUCCAGACUUCUACAUGGAAAUGAAGUGGGAAUUCACCAGUUGGAUCCCUCUUCUGUCCCGGGUUUGUCCAAGUGAUGUUUGUCGCAUUUGGAAAAGUGGCGCCAGCCUGCGAGUGGAUGCCACUCUUCUUGGCUUUGAAAACAUGACUUGGAUCAGAGGGUGCAGAAGCUACAUCUUCAGAGGAGAUGAUUCGUGUGCAGAGUUGAUAGAAGUGAACCACGACGAUAAAGUCGUGGAAACUGAACGCUUCAAUAUAUCCCAAGAAAUCGAGGAUGUCACGCUAGAGUCAAUGCAGCCAGCCGAGCAGGAAGUUGCCAAAAGGUUGACCACUCCUAUUGUCAACACCUAUUUGGACACCAAGGACAUUGCUUUUGAGAGGAACAAGUCUGGGGUGUGGGGCUGGAGAGCUGACAAAACGGAAAUGGUCAAUGGAUUUGAAGCAAAGGUUUUCAGUGUGAACAAUGUGAAUGUGGUCAUCAGGACGAGGACAGAGCAUCUGACAGACGAGGAGAAAGCCAGGAUAAAAAGUGAAAGGAACAUCUUAGAGUCUCUGCUUGGAACUGUGGAGCAGCACAUAAGUGCACAAGGGGACCUGACUCUUGAGUAUGCAACUGCCACCAAUCCCACUGCCAUCACGCCAGAGGAAUACUUUGAUCCUGACUUUGACCUGGAGAACAGAGACAUCGGCCGACCCAUUGAACUGAGCAUUCGAACACAGAAGUUCAAAGGUACAUUGUGGAUGAGCGAGGAACAUCCUCUGUCUCUGGUGGAGCAGGUAACCCCCAUUAUCGACCUCAUGGCUCGGACCAGUUCCCAUUUUGCACGUCUACGAGACUUUGUAACCCUGAAGUUUCCUCCUGGAUUUCCUGUUAAAUUAGAGAUUCCCCUGUUUCAUGUGCUGAAUGCCAGAAUUACAUUUGAUAAUGUCAAUAAAUGCAGUACUGAGGAGCAGGCGAACACAACACCAGCAGCCACACCAACAUCCUCAGGAGAAGAGGAGGAAGCUGCAGCACUGCCUCAGUUCCAGGUUUGUCCUUCAGUGUUUGAGGUGCCCGUCCAUUAUCAUCGCAGAGGAGGCAGCCGACACACACCCGUGUCCAACAACGACGAGGAGCUUCUGCAGUACGCCAUCCAUCAGAGCCUCCUGGAGUCUCGCACUGCGCCGGGCCAGGAGGGGAUUUUGGAUCAUGGUGAUGGGGAAUUCACUGAUGUAAUGCCCAGUAGCCAGAGUGACAGGAGUAUCCCAGAGGGGGUGCUAGUGGAAUUUGGAGACACCCCCAGCCCUGUCAGCUCCCCCUCCGCCUCAAGCCCCGAAUCGGAGCUUCGCCUGGCCAUGGAGCUCUCUGCACGAGCUCAAGAGGAAGAGGACAGGAUGAGGAAGCAGGAGGAGGAAGAGCUGGAGAUGAUCUUGCAGCUAUCACUGACUGAGAAGUAAAAUGAAUAAGAGGGAAUAAUAAUAAUGCAAACUUAUCCAGAAGAAACCACCACACCUCAAUGUUCCUUCCUAACCGCUGUCGUCAUCUAUGCAACUGCAGGUUUCUUUCUGUACCAGAUCAGUGUUGCACAGGCAAUAUCAGAAUCUCGCUGUCUAUUUUUGGUAAGCGCAUACUCCUUUAUACAUUUAUAUCUCAGCAUAGCGUGUCUCCAUCCUCAAGCUCAAUUCAAGAACUCUUUCAGAUAAUAUCAGGUCGGUUCUACUUUUUAUUCAUUUCCUGUCCGAAUCUGAAUCACAGCAGCAUCCAGAGUGGGGCCAAAUCAGUGUAGUUAUGGUUCUAUGAACAAAAUGACAACUCAAGGUGACUUCAUGUUCUGACUCUCAAAUGUGGCGCUUGAGGUCCAGAGCACUGUUUGUUGUUUCAUGCCAGCUGCUGCAUCAGUCCCUGGUGUUUGGAUGGCUUAGAACAGCCUCACACAAUAAAAAGCUGAUAGUGCUGUGGACCUAAAGAGACAGAUGAGUGUUGUCACUCUGAGGUCUUCCUACAGAGUCACUUUUUUGAGGACCGUGAACUCACUGAAUAACAGAAAUCUCAGGGUUCCAAUUUUACACAUUUUACUUUGGAAUUAAAUUUAAAUGUAACGGAAAUGUUUCUUUGGUGUGAAAUGGUGUCCCUCAUGCAUAUCUACCAUAUCAAUAUUGAUUCAGAAAGCUGAGUUAAUUGAGUCAAAGUUUCAUAAGUAAAUGAUUUGUCUUGUACUUUGUGAAUGUACACUCUACAGAUGGGUAAACGGAGGCAUGCUGCUGUGAGAGAACAUGUAAAUCAAAUGCAUGGUAACGUUCUAUCUUUGCUGCAACGAGGAUGGGGGGGGGGGGAAAUUAACUUUCCCGGUCUGAUUUUUAUUGAACAUUUUCUCAGAUUUCAUUAUUUUUGUUAACCGUCACUGAGUAACUGCACCUCAGUUCAAAAAGUCAACAGCCGAGAACAGUCUGUCUGUGGAUUUAUAGCCGUCAUGCAGUUUUAAAAGCAGUCACACAACUAAUGCUGCAGAGAUUAUUUAGAUUUCCAAAGGCAGUCUAUUCGCUUUUUGUAGCCACAAACAACUCUGGACCUCUGAGCAGAAGAAAAGACGGCACAGACUCUCAAGAUCAAGCAUGUCCGCCAUAUUUAGGAUUAUUGUCUUCAGCACGUGCCAAGGGACUUUGAUCUGGAACCGCUUGGUGGGGGCAAGAGGUGGUGACAAUUGUGGUGCCACUAAACUGUUGAACAAAUUUUUUUUUUAAAUUUUGUAACUUAAAAAGAAGAUGACGAGGUUUCAUUGACACCAGGGUGAUGCUGAGUGACGCGCAUUAACCACUAUAGUUGCUUUCACUGACAACCAACCACUUAUCCAAGGUCUCUGUGUAGCUGUGUCUGACAGUCGGGCUGCAGCUGAAGGACUAAUUAUUAUUAUUAUUAUACGACGCUCAAUUUUCCAAACUGCUGAACCGUCGACUUUAAAAAGGCUAGCUUUGGUUAAUUUAAUGCAGGUCUUUGUAAUGCACCGUUCCAGCUGCAAACUUGUUUUUUUUUUUUAAUGUUUUAAAUUUUAAGAAAAUGUUCUAAAAUAAAAGCACUUUAUUUCCAUGAGGCUAAAUGUGUUUUAUUUACAGAAACACAGCUGGUAACAAAGGAGACCACCGUAUAUGCUUUUCUACUGUAAUUAGUUGGGUUUCUAUAUUUAUUGUCAGGUCCAGUGUUGACCUCUUGAGGAUAACAUGAUCAUGACAUGAUUCAUCUGCGUUGAAUAGAUUUUGUUUGGCUAUAGCUGCUAAAUACGGUCCUUCCACUAACGAUAAACAAAAAAUAGAAUAUAUGUUGUCUAAAUUAUCAUUUAGAUUGGGAGCCAGUUUCAAUGACAUGAUUUCUAAAUUGAUAUACGGAUUACUUCAUUUUAUUGUGUAUUAUUUUUGUUUGUUUGAUCAACAGCUAUUUGUCGAGCUUCUUUAUCACAAAAUCAAGUACAAAGAAGGAAAUGGACGCCUUCAUCUGACUAAUCAACCCUGAACAAAAUGAUGAUAUACAAGAUUAAUAGUUUUAUUUCAAGGGAAAAUAGUUAUUUCUUUGUAUAAAUAAUAAAUGACUCCACCUUUAUUAGUACUAUAUUUCCUU